AUGUAUGAAAAGAUGAAUAUUUUUCAACUUUUAUUUCUCAAAGAUGCAAGAAUUCCUUAUCGCCAUCACAAGGAUCUAAUGAAACCAGCAGCACUUCAAAUGCUUGCUGAAUUGGCAGAUGAGUAUUAUCAAGCACACCACAAUCAUCAAUACACUCUCAAUGAACAAGGGAAGUUUGCACGUUCAUUAUUUGAAUUACGUAAAACCUAUCUCGAUAAUGAUCUAAUUGUUGACCAAGUAUUGACCAGAAUUUACAAGGAUUAUGACUCAGCAUGGAAGAACGAUGAAAAAUCUUUUUUGAAACGCCAAGAUUUGGAUCUCAUUUUGAAAUAUGGACCAAUGAAUUUGAGAAAGGACAGAGAUUUUGUAUUGAAAGCUGUGAAUGAUAAUCUUUUGGUGACAUAA